AUGGGAGAAUGUAUCGGUCUGGCAAGAUGUAGUGUCAGUGUCAUUCCAGAUGAUGAUGAUUACACCACAGAUGAAGAUUUUGAUUCUGAAGAUGUUUCUUGGUCAUCUUUCCACAGCCAGUCGUGUACAACACGAAAGAAAGAUGGCGGAAGUAUACGAGUACGUUUUGACAUGAAACAUGAUGAAGACUUGUCGCUAAGUGGAUCGCCAGUCACUCAAGGGACAAUGUGUCCUUCACACCAAGCUGAUGGAAAACAACCAGAGUUUAAAAUAUUAUUAAAUAAUACACUUAAAGAUGGUAAAAGUUCAUCUACACAAUGA